CGCGGCAGCCCGGAUGUCGCGGCUCUCCCUGGUGGACGGGAGCUGUGAGUUAUUCACUGUUGCUAUUCCGAAGCACCUCCCAAACCCACGACCUCCAUCAUCAAGAAGGACGAAGGCUUCACUAAGGGCCAUGUUGGUUUUCAGAGGUGAGUUUAAACGUCCUUGAAACACUCGCCAUGACAACUGAAGCAUCCAUUCCUGGCAACACCAAACCUCAUGUUCCUGCUCAUCAAAACUAUUUUUGGCUCCGCUCCUUCAUAGCAGGAGGUGUUGCAGGAUGUUGUGCAAAGUCAACAAUCGCCCCAUUGGACAGAGUGAAGAUUUUACUACAGGCUCACAAUCGUCAUUAUAAUCACCUUGGAGUUUUUUCUGCUCUCCGUGCUGUACCAAAGAAAGAAGGUUUCCUUGGAUUGUACAAAGGUAACGGAGCUAUGAUGGUCAGGAUCUUUCCAUAUGGCGCCAUUCAAUUCACAGCUUUCGACAGAUACAGAAAGAUUUUGAUCAGCAAACUAGGUAUUGCUGGGCACGUUCACCGAUUAAUGGCUGGAUCCAUGGCAGGGAUUACUGCAGUGGUAUGCACCUAUCCGCUGGACAUGAUUCGAGCACGUCUGGCAUUCCAAGUAAAGGGUGAACACAAGUACACUGGAAUCAUUGAUGCUUUCAGAGUUAUUUAUACACAGGAAGGAGGAUUUCGAGGGUUUUAUAGAGGCCUAACUCCUACUAUCAUCGGCAUGGCUCCUUAUGCAGGAAUCUCCUUCUUCACAUUUGGCACCUUGAAGAGCAUUGGACUCAGCCAGGCCCCUGAUGUACUGGGAAGACCUUCUUCUGAUAAUCCCAAUGUUUUGGUAUUAAAAUCCCAUGUGAAUUUGGUGUGUGGUGGAAUAGCAGGAGCGAUUGCGCAAACAGUAUCGUACCCACUAGAUGUGGCUCGGCGGCGCAUGCAAUUGGGCUCCAUUUUGGUUGAGGCUGAAAAAUAUGUAACAAUGUGCAAGACUCUGAGAUAUGUCUACAAUGAACAUGGCAUACGGAAGGGCCUGUACCGGGGGCUCACUCUCAAUUACAUUCGCUGCAUCCCAUCUCAGGCUGUGGCAUUUACUACCUAUGAACUCAUGAGGCAAGUUCUUCAUCUCAACUGAGGAUGUUGCAGGACUAGUGGAUUCAUCAUCACCCCGUAUCUCAAUGAUGAGAAUACUCUCCUGUGGUGACUGUUCUGAUCAUAUGUGGAGACGUAUUUAAUUAAGUGAUUGUGAUUAGGGUUGAUAAUCAGUAUCAGUGUGCUUUGACCAAGAUUUUACUUUGGCAGUUUUUCAGAAUUAUGCCAUGGGAUUCUUUUAUAUCAGUCCAAGAGAGCAGAGGUGCCUUGGUUUAAACUAUCGCCUGAUGGACGGCAUCUUUGACUGUGCUGCACUGAAGUGUCAGCAAAGGAUUUUGAGUCAAUUCUCUGGAGUGGAACUGAAAUUCAAAGCCUCUCAAGAAUGAUGCCAAUUGAGCAGUAACUGUUGAUCCAGUUGUGAGUUGGCUCUGUACAUAGAUGUGAUCAGCAUCUGUAACUGAGAUAUGACAACCACAUCUGGCAGAAGCUUCUGCAUCCAACUCUGAGGGAGCAAUCCUUGAACCCAACUUGAGGGAAUGAUCCUCUGUGUCUACCGUUCAGAAGAUUUCACUGCACCUGUGGGCAAAUACAUCUUGAAAUUGAAUCGGAAAAUACACAGAAUGCUUUACAUUAAAUGAAGUAGUGAUGAAGUGGUCACUUUGGAUAAUGCAGUGCCCGUUUCCUCCACUGUCAUCAGAUAUUGGGGAAAACCUAUGACUUCUGUAGAAAAUCUGGGAACACCUCACACUAGGUUUGGAAAUGAGAUGGCAGUUAGAGUCUGCAGUGUCUCAUCAAUGCUUUGCAACAACAUAGGUCCAGAGUCUGGCACAAAAAGCUUAUGCAUGUUUAACGCACCAAGAGCAUGAAAUCCUAUUCCUAGGCAUUUAUUCCUUGUAAUCUUCAGCUGCAGUAAAUCGUUGUGAAUAUUUGUGGA